AUGUUUUUUAUAAACCGUGCUUUGCGUGACGUGACUCUUUUAUCAGUCGCUAAUACAAGCAAGGUGGAAUUGUGUCCAGGGGUGAGGGUAUUUAAGCGAAGAGUAUCGUCUGAAACAAGAAAUAAUAAUUCUAAGCAAACUAGUGUGGUAGACUUUUACGCGGGAAAAUCAGUAUUCAUCACUGGUGGUACCGGAUUUCUUGGAAAGGCUUUCAUAGAAAAAAUACUAUAUAGUUGUACAAAUAUCGACAACAUUUACGUACUCAUUCGUGAAACAGAACAACAUAACGCUACUCAAAAGUUACGACGGAUAUUUGAUAGCCCCAUAUUUUCAAGAUUGAAAAUGGAAAAGCCAAAAGCUUUACAAAAAGUGAUAUCCAUUGUAGGUGACGUUAAGUCACUAAACUUAGGCAUAACUAAAAAAAAUCAAGAUAUAUUGAUUGAAAAGGUAUCCGUUGUUAUUCAUUCAGCGGCAUCAAUUUCAUUCGACAAUUCACUAAAGGAGGCGUUAGAAACUAACUAUGAAGGCACUAAAAAUGUUUUAAGUCUAUGUAAAAGAAUUAAAAAUAUUCAGGCAUUUGUGCAUAUUUCAACGGCUUAUACGAACACAGAUAAAAGCAUCAUAGACGAAGUAGUAUAUCCAGCACCAGCGAACAUCAGCGAUGUCUACAAACGCUUGAAAAAGCAUGGAGAUGAUGAAAACCAGAGCAUAAAAAUCCUCAAUGGGAGACCAAACACGUAUACAUUUACUAAAGCUUUGACAGAAAACCUUAUUGCUGAAACACAUCACAACGUUCCCGCUGUCAUUAUAAGGCCAUCAAUGGUGGGUCCUUCUAAAGACGAACCAUUGAAAGGAUGGCUAGAUAACUUGUCUGUACCUUCUAAUCUCCUACUUGCCGGUGCUACAGGCUUAAAUCAUAUAAUACGUGGCAAAAAAUCUAACGUGGUCGAUUUUGUACCUGUAGACUAUGUAGUUAACUUAACUUUAGUUGCUGCCACAAAGUGCAAAAGAUCAAGAAAUCUGACAGUUUACAACUGCUGUACUAGCUUCACAAAUCCUAUUUAUUUAGAUGAAGUUUUUAAGUUUUUUAAUGAAGCUCGUAUUAGGUUUCCAGAUAAUUCAUACUGUUUCUACUUUCGUAAGGUAUUUAUUGCAAAAACGCAAUUAGCAAGUGAUAUACUGACGUUUUUUACACAAGUAGUCCCUGCCUAUGUCAUAGACCUCUCACUUUUUCUAAAAGGAAGCAAGCCAAGGUUUGUGGAGCUCCAAAAAAAGUUUAUUCCAAUGAGGGAUAAAGUAGCUUAUUUUACUCUUAACUCCUGGCUUUUUAAAACACGGAAGUCACAAGAGCUCUAUUCACAAAUAUCGGAGCAGGAUCAACAUAUAUUUCCUUUCAACUUUACCGAUAUUAAAUGGCCCGAAUAUAUGCAUUUAUAUGCUAAAUCCGUACAUCAUUUUCUAAUACAAAAGAAAAAACAAUCACAAGAAAAUACCGCCAAGAGGAUAGAAAAAUAA